AUGAGGGGUGGGGGGCCCCUUGGGAGACGGGGGAGGGGCCUCUCGAAGACCCAACGAACAUCUGCUGCUGCAGCGCAGCAACAGACGCCAUCCCGAGGAAGCCGAGUGCGUACUGCUUCUGCAACUGCAACUGCAGCACCAGCAGCAGCAACUCAGGCAGCUACACCAGCGGAUACUGCCGUUGCCACUGCCGAAGCUGGUGCCCCCACAAACGCCGGGGCACGAAGCGAGAGGCAGCAGCGGAGGCGGCGAGAAGCGGCAGCAGCAGCUGCUGCUGCUGCUUCUGAGGAAUCGUCUUCAGCUGCGGUUCCCCACAGGUCCGACCGCCACAGGACCUCUCGGCAGCGCAGGCACCAAACGGCGUCAGCAGAUGCUGCAGCAGGCCCAGGCAUAGAUAGCACGUCGUCGGGCACCACUACGGCUCCUGCAACGGCAGCAGCACCAGCAGCAGCAGCAGCAGACAGCAGCAGCAGCCAAGCAUCGGGACGGAGAGGCGUUGCUUCUGCGCUGCCAAGACGAGAGAGAAGGCCGAGGGGAGCAGAAGCCCUUCGAUGCAAAUUUGGUUGUUUUGCUGUGACGGAACAAGAGCUGCAGGAACUCUCCUGUGGCUGCUGCCUCGAUGGAUUGUUACCUAGCGGAGACACAGAGGAGACAGUUGGGGUAGCGCGCAGCGAAGACUCCCCCACGGGUCUCUCUGGGGGUCCCUCGGGGAUCCCUGCAGCAGCAAAUGGCUGCAAGCAGCAGCUAACGAAGGGGGCAGCAGCAGAUGCUGCAGCAGCCGACCCUACACCUCCACCACCUUUGGCGCGAAUCGAUGCAUGCGGUCACUGCUUCCACCUGCGUUGCAUCCAGGUCUGGGCUCAGCGAGAGACAUCGUGUCCCCUGUGCAAAGCUGUCUUUUCUUACAUUGCUGCCUACCAUGGCGCAACUCGGGAACUCCUUGACGUGCGGGACUUGCCUUCUUCCUCUGAAUCUGUAGUCUCUAUAGAGACUGUCUCCUCUGGAGACACCUCUUCCACUGGAACAGACAACCAGCAGCAGCAGCAACAGCAGCAGCAGCGGCAGCAGCAGAGAAGCAUUAGAAGUCGGAGGCCUCCUGCAGGCGCUGCAGACGCAGCAGGAGAUGAGGCAUCCCAGGGCGUCGUAGGGCAACUGGUGCGUCGUGUAUUGGAGUCUUGGGGGCGGACGGUGUCGUCUCUUCGCCGCACCAGCCGCACCUCAGGCGCCUCGGAUUCACCCUCGUCAGCAGCCGCAUCAGGAACAGGAGCAGCAGGAAGGGGGCGAAAUCGCUCAGGGAGGAGGGGGCCCCCAGCUGUCCGGCGGCGGAGCACAGAGGUGGAAGAGGGGCCACCGCCCAAUAGGCGCCGUAGAGAAGAACGAGAGGAUUCAGAGGACGAGCGGCCGCUGCCAGCAGCAGCAGAGGUUGCGCGGCGCACAGCCGCUUUUUUUCAGCGCCGAGUGGAGGCGCUUUACCAGGGCACAGAACAGCAGCAGGAGCAGGAGCGAGGGACGGCAGCACCGCCAAGUGCCGCUGCAGCGGUCUCCAUGGAGAAGCAGGGGUUGCGCAGUGUGAGCUGCAGGAGCAGCUCGGAGGCGCCUGCUUCCGGAGCAGCAGCUCCCGUCGCCUCUGGCGCAGCAGCAGGAGCAGCUGCAGCAGGAGCAGGUUCAUCAAGAAGAAGAGGGAUGACACCUGUAAUAGUGCCUCUGCGUGCUAUCAGCAGCAUUGGCCUCUCACGAGAGCAGCGACCCCCGAGGCUUGGUGCUGCCGGCUGCUCUUUUAGUCUCUCACCAAACUAUGCAACAGACUUUCUGCUGCAAACCAACUCCAGCAGCAACGCAGCAGCGCCAGCGGCUCCCGGUGAUGCGGGUGGUGCUGCUGCUGCAAGGGCUGCUGGAGGGGCAGCGGGCACUUAG